AGAAUUUCCCCUCUCUUCCUCUUUCUAGGUUAUAGAAUCCAAGCGCGGCGCGGCGGAAGAGUCUUCUUCAUUAAAAAAGGAAUCUCAGUUGCAUUGCAGAAAGAUGAGGCUACUAACUCACAACAUGCUAUCAUCGAACAUAAAGGGGGUAACCAACGGAUUCCCUCUGAAGAUCGAAGCGGAGAAAGUAAUGGAAAAGGAGGUAGACUUCAAUCCGGAUUUUCUUCGAAACAUGUUCUACAAGAUUGAGUGGAGGCCACUCGUUGAUGCUGCUCGGACUAUGGGCUAUGCUGAGUUGCCGGAGGAAGUAGAACCGUCGAUGCUCGACUCUGAAGACUUCCUUCGCCGCCUCCAUCGCGCUCUUCUCCAAUUUCAUCUCGAGGAAGGGACCCUAAUCUGCCCUGAAACAGGUAGACGGUUUCCAGUCGUUAAGGGAAUUCCUAACAUGCUCCUCAACGAAGACGAAGUCUGAUUUCACGAUCAAUCCAGAGGUAAUCAAUCUCUCUGGUUUUGUCAUGUAAUUCAGCUUCUUAGGGGUUUUGUUAGGGUUUAUGGUGCUAAAUGACUCAACUUCUUCUGGUUUGUACAAUUUUUAUACAAGAAAUUGAAUAUAACCUGGAUUUGAGUUUGAAUCUUGAUUGAUUUGUGUUUUAA